GAAAGUACCAUUACAAUGAAUAACACAUAUGUAAACGUGCAUAUUUAUAUUAUGUUCUUUUCAUAGAUUUUCCACUUCUCAUAUAUUUUUUAUCACCGUGUAUAAGACCACGUGGUGAAAAAGUACGUAGAGAGUGGCAGUAUGUACAUUCAUGACAAAGAGUCACCUGAAACACCCGAGAUGAACAAAACAAGUUAUAAUAUCAAAGUUUGAGCAGUAGUGGCGACAGUGACGGUAUUAUAAAAAACACUAACGGUUAGAUUACAUUAGAAAAAAAACUUAUUAAGAAUAACCAAGAAUAACUUGGUGAGUGCAAUUUGAAGCAAUAAUUACUUGCUGAGAAUAUUGCCAUUUCUGAAAAAGAAAAAUAUGGAAGCAGAACCUUUAGAGCUUGAGGAAGGCGAAGUUAUUGAUGAUGAGGCAAGCGACAUUGAAACAUAUAAUGUUUUAAAAAGACCUCAUGAAUUUUUAAAUAAAGAAGAACACGUAAAAAUGGGCUAUAGUGACGAGUCUGAUGAUUCCGCAGAUUCCGAAAGUGAUUCCGAUUCUGAUUCUGGACAUACCAGAAGUAAAAGGCCCAAAUUAAAACUAAAACGAUCUAAAAAUUUAACAAAAAAUUGGGAGGGCAAAAAUGAUAAAUAUAAAAUAUGGUGUACUCAGCUGCAAGAAGAAUCUUUAACAGAAGACUUAGUAUUAUGUGGUGUAACGAAAAAACAAAAUCAAGAACGUAGUGUUGAAAGUUACAACAUUCCGCACCAUUAUUCUUCUAAUGGUAGGUGGAAUAUGGAACAUCGUAAUAACAAUAGUUCAGAAGAUGAAAAAGAUUGUGAAAGAAGAUUAACGAAUAAAAGAACAAACUCUGAUAGAAGUAAUAUUAAAUUAAGAUUAGGAAAAAAACAUAAUUCAAUGGGUACAGAUAAUCAAAAAGGAACUGUACGAAAAAUAGCAGAUUUAAGUACGACGAUUGAAUCAACUGAUUCAGAUGUAGCAUCUGAUAUAACAUCAAAACUUAACGAAAAGAAAGAUCUUCUUAUAAGAAGAAUUGUAGAUAUAAUUGGUAAAGAGAAAGCCAUUUACUUUUUUCAAAAAACAAAGAAAAUUGAAGAAGGAGGUGGUAUGUUAAUAAUGAAUGGAUCUCGAAGAAGAACUGCGGGCGGUGUUUAUUUAUGGUUAGUGAAAAAUGAUAAACAUAUACCUCAAGAAAAAAUAAGAGAAAUUUUUUAUUACGAUAAAAAAGAACAUGCUGAAGAAAAGAAAGCAGAUGCUGUUGCAAGAAGACAAAAAGCACAGGAAUUAAUAAAAUGUUUAGAAAAUGGUUCAGAAAAAGAUCUUCCUGCCUUGUUAACAAAGUCAGAACUUUCUACAAGAGAAAUAGCAGAAGAAGCAAGGUUAAGACGUGGUGAGGGCAUGGAUAGAAUGCCACUGGAUUCUGAUCGUACAAUGACUAACCCACCGCCUAGUCCUGUAACCGAUGAUCCUGAUCAUUCGGAACAUCCACUCGUUCAAAGGCAUGUUCAGGAUUAUGGAGAUUUUCUUGACAUUGGAAUAGACAUAGAUAGUAUGGAAGUACUAUAAAAUAUCUUUUUGCUAUUUCUUUGUAAUAUGUAUCGCGCAGAUUAUUUGUACAGAACGAAGUUCUAAUCAUUGUACAAGGAACCACAUAAACACAGAUGCAUGAGAGCGCGUGUGCGCACAUAUACACAGUGUGAAUACAGUUUACAUAGUUUGUAUGCCUAUAAUAUACAUAUACAGUUAAAAAGUUUGGAGUGUGAUCGAAUAGUGACCAAUCCAAAUCUACUGCAACGACGUUCCAUAAUGUGAUAAAAUAAUUUAUCAAGUGUAUAUACUAUGAUAACACUUUGUCACUUUCUCAGAUUUCAGAAAACAACAAAUAUUUGUGUAUCCCUUUUAUUAUGUUUCAUUUAACAUGUUUAUAUUUAUUAUUAAGAUAAAUGUAAAAAAAAAAGAAAAAAAUAUGAAACGUAACAAAUAUGAAGUUUCAUAA